AUGUUGAACAGAAUCAAUAAAUCUCGCUCUCAUGCUGAGAAGACUAAACAAAAGAAUUCUCUUCUUUCCUUAGUUCUUCAAAACGCCAUUACCAUGCCUUCUUAUUCCUUCUAUAAGGAUUAUAGUAUUCAGUCUUAUCAAGUCUCUAUCGAGAAUUCCUCUUGCUGUACCAAAUGUGUCCGCCUGGGUCGUUCUUGGUGCGAUGUUCAAGGACUGAGCGCUGCGGAAAUUCGUUAG